AUGAAUCGGGUAGGUCCCGAAUCACAAGCCAAGUCCUGGUGGGAAUUUUUCAACUUCACCUUACUCGAAACCUUGAUCGACGAAUCCGAUAGCUCCAUAUUUGGUGCCAUUUUCGAAUACAAGUCCUCGGACGAAGAACUCUCUAAUUUGGGAGUAUCUCCGCGUUACGUGAUCGCAUUCCGCGGAACAAUCCUAAAAUCAAAAACUUGGUUUCGUGACGUGGCACUUGAUCUUCGCUGCGUCUUUGACAACCUUCAUCAUGGCACUAGGUUUGUGCACGCUAUGGAAGCAAUCCAUACUGUGGUGGCCAAACACGGCCAAAGAUCUGUUUGGCUCGCGGGGCACUCUCUAGGAGCUGGCCUAGCAUUGCUAGCCGGAAAGACCAUGUCAAAAUUAGGGUUCUUCCUUGAGACUUAUGUUUUUAACCCGCCCAUCUCGUCUCUCCCUCUUGAGAAGCUACUUAACCACAAAUUGCUAAAUGAUGGAACUCGAAUUGCCGGGAGUGUAUUGAAAGCCGGCGUAGCUAGGAUCUUUAAAGAUCUUAAGGUUCAACAAGAUGAUCUAGCUAUGAAUAUAGCACCAUGGAUACCUCAUUUAUAUGUGAACCCAGCUGAUCCAAUAUGCUCAGAAUACAUUGGUUAUUUCAAGAAUAAAUCCUUCAUGUCUAAGAUGGGAUGGAGCGAAAUGGAGAGAAUUGCUACUAAAAACCCACUUAGGAGUCUAUUUAUGGUUGGAAAAGUAGGAACAUCAUCACUGUCAUAUUUGUCAACUGAGCCUCUCCAUCUUCUUUCAUCGGCUAAUAUGACUGUAAACAAGAGCGGAUCAUAUAAUAGUAUGGUAGCUCAUGGGCUUCACCAAUGGUGGGAUCCUUCGUUUAAUGGCGAGUGUGUUUCUUACAAUUUUAAUGCAUGA